UAGAAAAAUCGUCAGUCUAAAUUUCAAAUAACUUUUAUGAGCUACCAUUAUUGAUAUUUAACAAUUCGAAGUGAACAGUUCGAAGUGCAAUAAUUUUUUUCUAUCCCAACAAAACAGUUCUUUCUAUAUUUGUGCGUUUAUUAAGUGUGAAAUUAAUAGUAAAAUAAACAAAAUGCCACGACGAGGAAGAUCAGCAAGUCCACCACCUGCACCUAGGAGGUCAUAUGCAUCAGCUCCAAGGCCAGCAGCUCAUCCACCAGCACCAGUAUCUCCACCACCUUCAGCUGUAGGCCCAGUAGCAGCACAGCCUCAACAACCAUCCAUGUUUCAACAAAUGGCUGCAACAGCUGGUGGUGUAGCCGUUGGUUCAGCAAUUGGACACACAGUUGGUCAUGCAGUAACUGGCUUAUUCAGUGGCGGUGGUAGCGAGGCUCAACCAGCUCAACAAGCUGCAGCACCCGCACAACAAUAUGCUAGUGAACCAUCAACCAAACCUGCAGGAGGACCAUGUUCAUUUGAAAUUGAACAAUUCAUAAGAUGUGCACAAGGGCAAUCUGAUUUAACAUUAUGCGAAGGAUUUAAUGAAGCUUUAAGACAGUGUAAAGUUCAACAUGGUAUGAAUUAAAGAAAAGACUAAGGUGAUUGAUAUUGAUUGAUAUGGAAAAUGAAGAUAGAAUGACUGUUGUUAAUAAAAAUCUGUAGUAAAAUGUUAUAUAUUGUUACAAGUCAAACAUUCUCGAGCAUAAUUAUAAAUAUAAUAGAAAAAUAGUUAAAAUU